AUGGACGCAUUAGCCAAAGAUCCGGUCGUCUCGCAAGGCUCUCGGGAGCCAACGGAGGCAGAGUCCGAACAGUCAUCCCAAAAACAGCCUCCGCCCCUCAGUGCCAAACUCAUCGCGGUGCUGCUGAUAUCAUGUGUCAGCUUUGGGUCGCAUUGGUAUUCGAGCGUUACUAGUGCUAUGAAAAGCACGCUCAAAAAGGAGUUGCACAUCACAAAUACACAGUUCUCUCUCCUCGAAGCAAGUGAAGACUUCAUGGCAACAGUUCUCAUGCCAUUCAGCGGCCUUAUCACAGAUCGAUUUGGCGGCGCUGAAAUGAUUGUAUAUGGCAACAUUGUCUAUACAAUUGGAUCUAUCCUUGUCGGGGGAGCAGCAACCGUCCGGUCAUACAAUUUUAUGAUCGCUGGUCGAGUGAUUCUAGCUUUUGGAGAUAUCGCAACUCAGAUUGCUCAAUAUAAAAUGUUUUCUUCGUGGUUUCCCCCGAGCAAUGGGUUUGCAUCAACACUGGGCUUUGAACUCGCGAUUGGAAAGAUUGGAGGAUUCGCUGGACAUUCAACAGCGAACAUCAUCGCAACGAGAACUGGCAACUUUGCCUGGACAUUCUGGGUGGCGGUUUUCAUGAACCUAUUCACGAACGCCUCAACAAUUCUUUUCUGGUUCUUCAGUCGUUACUGCAACAAACACUAUACUGGACGAAGGGAUACUGCCACCGACGAGACCCUGACAGAGAAGAAUAAGAAGUUUGAAAUCAAAAAAUUGUUUCAGCUUCCCUGGACGUUCUGGCUCAUUAUGUUUUUCUCCUUGUUUCAAACCAGUGCUGCCGUUGUAUUCAGUCAAAAUUCAACAGAGCUUGCGCAGAAAAGGUUCAAUGUCAGCUCGAUAAAGGCCGGCUGGUAUAGUUCACUUAGUCAAUACUCAGGAUUCUUCCUGGUGCCUUGUUUGGGAGUCUUUCUUGAUAUUUUCGGUAAUAGAGCCACAAUCAUGUGUGUUUGUGGAAUUGGUAUGCUACUUUGUAUGUGUCUGGUCAAUUUCGCCGACACAGCUGCUGGUACCGGAACUUCCUUUGGCAUCUAUGCCGUGGCCGUGUCUCUAGGGCCUACGUCCAUCAUUGAUAGCAUCCGGACAGUGCUGUGGCAUCAAUCCGUGUUCGGAUCAGCCUACUCGCUCAAAGUCACCAUGAACAAUGCGAUGAACGUCAUCAUACGGAUUAUUACAGGUGCUCUCCAAGACGCGGACCACGAUUCAUACCGCCGAGCUGUCAGGGUGUACCUCUUCCAGGCUGCCGCAUCUGUCGUGGCUGGGCUGGCAUUUGGACUAGAAAGUAUCGUCUCAAUAAGGGGGGACCCAUCAUAA